UGCCAAGCCGUAGCGGGCGGGCAAGAUGCAGCCGACGGCGGAAAGCUAUCUGUGUCAGUUCAAGACGAUUCCAAUCGAAGCUUGGGUACUGAUCAUACAGUUGUGCCGUCCAUGUCUCUCACCCAUGGCGAAGGACCUGGACCAUCCCAGGUGCGCGGAGGACCCCAGCGCUAAGUGGCGGUGUUAUAGGUGCUCUAAGGGGCAAAAGUUCCGUGAACCGGUACCCUUAGACUGCAUUGACGUUGUCCACGUGUUUAUCCAGGCACUGGACAGAUACGACAACCCACAACCUGGCGAGAGCAGCACCCGCCUUCGUUCUUGCCCCUCCGAUAACGUCACACAAGCCAGCAGCGGCGACAUAUGCAAAAAGGGGGGCCGGGCGCGUGCUCGUCUCGAGCCGUCCGGGGCGUCCGCGGUGCCUCACUACGAUCCGCACCCCAUGGCGCUGAGUUGGGACGUAUCUCAACGGGCUACACUUCCACCGGGAGGCCGGGACCAAACCCCCACACGACGUUUUGCGCGGUGGCCGUCAACCCCAGGUCGAGGCAUCCCCAACCCGAACGCACGUACCCAACCGGGUACACGUGGUGCUCGCAAUUGCGACUCGUCUCCGGUGAAUACCAUCUUCGAUUACAACGAGCUGAAGGCCAAAUUCCCAUGGGCACAAUUGGAUCUCAGCGGCGGGACCGAGAGACACAUGCUUCCCCAUCAAAUCGUUGCUAGACGAUACCAGAUCUUUAUAAUUAUCCAUGUGGCCACGCACCCGCUAUUCGAUCGGCCUGUGAUCAUCGAAAGAAGGAUGUGUCUCUAUCGCGCCUCAAAGACACACCGGACCCAGGACAGUCGGAUAAUAUCUCGCUACUAA